AUGCAAAAAGACAGUAAGAUAGAUCAUGUAGAGGACGUGGACCCGGAAACCGAUCGCCAGCAUGAUGCUCCCGAACCAGAGGAGGUCAAGCGGGUGCUACGGAAGGUCGAUUGGCGCGUCAUUCCGAUUCUGGGGUUUCUCUACAUCAUGUGUUAUAUGGACAGAAGCAAUAUCGGAAACGCAAAGGUCGCAGGGAUGAGCAAAGAGCUUCAUCUCACAGGCGAACAAUACAACAUUGCGCUUACCAUGUUUUUUAUCCCAUACGCCCUCCUAGAGGUGCCCAGCAACUUCAUCCUCAAGCUGCUCAGACCGUCCCUCUGGAUCGGCAUCCUCAUGCUUGCUUGGGGCACGGUGAUGACACUUUUUGGUGUUGUGCAAAGCUUUCCGGGGCUCACCGUUGCUCGCGCAGCGCUGGGCGUGGCAGAGGCAGGCUUCUUCCCAGCUAGCGCUUAUCUCUUGACGACAUGGUACCGACGGCUCGAGCUACAGCAGCGCCUGGCAAUAUUCUACAGUGCCGGGUCAGUGGCAAGCGCCUUUUCUGGUCUACUCGCCUUUUCCAUCGGAAAAAUGGACGGAAUAAGAGGCCUGGGCGGCUGGCGUUGGAUCUUCCUCGUCGAGGGGGCGGCGACGGUAGCUUUCAGCCUCAUCCCAUUCCUCCUCCUUCCGGACAGCCCCGAGACAUCGAAGUUCCUAACAUCCAGGGAGAAAAAAAUACUAUACGAUAGACUUCGAGCAGAUGCGGGAACCGAGUCCGGAGAAGUUGAACUACAUGACAAGUUUCACUGGCCAACUAUCCGAUCAGCUUUUCUGGAGUGGAAGAUAUGGGUUGCCAUCAUCAUAUACUUGGCCCACACUAUCUGUGCCUACGGGUUCAGUUAUACUGUCCCUACUGUCAUUUUCGACCUUGGCUACAGUGCGGCCAACGCUCAGUUAUUGACUAUUCCAAUAUACGCCUUCUCGGCCAUGGGGAUCCUGGUGCUAGCACAUUACUCUGACAAGUGCGCCACUCGCUGGCCGUUUAUUGUAGGCCCAUUCGCGCUCGCGUCAGUCGGGUUCAUUGCACUCCUUGCACUUCCUCAACCGGGCCUUCCAGGCGUGACCUACGGCUUCCUCUUCUGCAUCCCCCUAGGGGCCAAUGCGCCUUUGGUAGCCUUGGUCACUUGGAUCGGUAAUAAUCUGGCGCCAUCCUGGAAGCGUGCGAUUGGCAUGGCUCUACUGAUCUCAGUGGGCAACCUCGGAGGGUCCAUCGGUACGAAUCUCUAUCUGGAGCGCCAGAAGCCACACUACUGGCUUGGCUACGGCUUCGGACUCGGGAUGUGCAUUGCUGCCAUAAUAGCUACGCUGGUCCUCAAGCGCGCCUAUGAGAACUUGAAUCGACAACGGGAAGCAGAAUGGCCCGAGUCUGAGGUCAGGCAGAAGUACACCAAUGAGGAGCUCUUGCAGAUGGGAGACAAGAGUCCACUUUUCAGGUAUAUCGUUUGA